UCUUUGAGAAACAUUUUUUCUCUCUUUUAGAUCUCAAGUUGGUAUCAGAGCGGGUUCAUCCUGCUCUGGUUUCAGUGUGUUGUUCACCAGCACGGUCACUGCUGGUCGCACCUGUCCGGUGCCGUUCGUCGUUGUCUGCGGCUGUCUCGCCACUAUUUGCAGCUGUCAACUGCAAUUUCAAGUUUUUCAACUUGGCCGCCAUCCUGGUAUCUGUCCGCUACCGUCUGCCGCUAUCCGCCGCCGUCCGCCGCCGACCGCCGCCGACCGUCGCCGUCCGCCGCCGUCCGCCGCCACUGUUCCGUCCGGCGACCACUGGAUCUGGUUCGCCUCUUCACGCGACAGCCAACCACGCCGGUGGGUUCGCCUGAUUCUCCUCCACGCUCCGUCACGCGCCACCUCUUUGCGCGCUGCGAAUAGGCGCGUGCUGUCCACGCGCCGCCCUCUGCUCACCAGAAAGUUUCCGCGCCACCUCCAUAGCCGUCGCCCUCAGCUCCUCUGUCCAUUUUGACCCUCAAAAUCUUACUUUGGUGGGUCCAGAAGCUCCCUUUUAAGAAAACCUUAAGAAACCCUCUAGGGUUUUCUGGUCCUUCACGGAUUUUCUGAUUUCCUCUCCUGUUUUUAUCAAAGAAUGGCAUCUGGAAGUGUUCUUUCUUUCUCUGGAAGUCCCUCAAUCACUUCCGAAAAGCUAAAUGGAAAGAAUUAUAUGUCUUGGUCUGCUGCUGUAGAAAUGUGGUUCCUUGGUCAAGGACGUUAUGACCACCUUGAGCAGGAUGGGAGUCAAGUACCUUCUGACAUAGCUGAACAAUGGAAACAAGCUGAUUUUCAAUUGUGUGCCCUCUUGUGGCAAUCUGUGGAACCCCGACUUUUGAUAUCUCUUAGAGCCUUCAAGACAUGUCACACUUUUUGGAAGAAAGCUCAAAGCAUUUAUGCUAAUGAUAUUCAACGUCUCUAUGAUACCGCAAACAAGCUCGCCUGUCUCAAAAUGACAGACCAUGAUAUGGUCUCCUUCAUGACUGAAGCCCAAGCAGCUGUGGAAGAAUUGAGAAUGUUCUUGGAAGUGGAAUCUUCGGAAGAUAUCAAAAAGAAGCUUGACAAGUAUUAUAUGGUGAUGAUCCUCCGUGCUUUGCAUCCAGAUUUGAAUCACAUCAGAGAUCAACUUCUGACAAGUCAUGAAGUCCCUUCUAUGGAAGCCUUAACCACACGUCUUCUUCGUGUUCCUGUGCCUCAGUCUCAGGAAGCUCAUGAAACAAUAGCACCAUCUCUCAUGGUUGCCACGCGAGGAAGAGGAGGACGUGGAACUAGAGGAGGAGGACGUGGAGGUCGGGGAAAUCAACAGUGCUCUUACUGUAAGAGGAUGGGUCACAUCCGAGAAAACUGCUACUCCUUGCAUGGCUUUCCUUCAAAAACUGCCAAUAUAUCUCAGGCUGAAACUUCCACUUCCAACUCCAAGUUUACUGAGGAAGAGUAUCAAGAGUAUCUGCGCUUAAAGUCUAACAGCUUGGCACAAUCAUCUCAGUCCUCAAGUACGUCCACAGCUUGCAUUUCUCAAUCCAUGGCAGGUCCAAAUUCAUGGGUAAUUGACUCGGGUGCUUCUGAUCACAUUUCUGGAGCGUGGCUCGGGGAGACAGAUUGGAGAAGGAUAUGAAGCUGGAGGUUUAUACCAUUUUGGAUUUCGUCCACGGGUAUCUUGUGUUGCUGCUCUUCCCCCUAAAGUGUUACAUGAUCGGUUUGGCCAUCCUAACUUGUCAAAAUUAAAAAAGAUGUGUCCUGAACUUAGUGGUCUUCAGACCUUAGAAUGUGAGUCCUGUCAACUAGGAAAACAUGUUAGAUCUGUCUUCCCUAAAAGAUCUCAAUCAAUGUGUACUUCUAGUUUUUCUAUUAUUCAUUCUGAUGUCUGGGGACCUAGUCGCGUCUCUUCUUUUGGUUUUCGGUAUUUUGUUACCUUUAUUGAUGAGUAUUCUAGAUGUACUUGGGUUUAUCUGAUGAAAGAUCGCUCUGAAUUGUUACCCAUUUUCACAUCCUUUUUGAAUGAAAUCAAGAACCAAUUUGGUCAAGUAA